CUGAGCACUUCAGCGCUGCUCAGCACUGCGCGUGUCUGUCUGCUUGCAUGUGCGCGUGACCCUCUCACAUGUGUAUGUUAAGAAGACUUUUGUGUGUUUUUCUAAGUGGAGUUGGAGUGCUGCCGCUCAUCAGUGAAAGUGACUGCAGGAUUGGGACUACUCAUGCAUUUUUUGGAAGUUUAUUUGAGACAAUAAGAUAACUUUUCCUUUCAGACCUUUAUAUAUUUUUUAUAAACCUUCAGGGACUCAUUCUGACGUAGGAUUUUGUUUUUAAUCAAAUCACUGGAUCCAAUUUUUAAAGGAACUGUGUUUAACCAACCACUUCAUGGUAUAUGCACUGGAGUUUCUUGACUACAUUAGAACUUUCCUCUUCAUAGACAAGGUUCAUAAUGGUGUGGAGAACAGGAGAGGAAUUUUUUGUAAGGUGAUUUUAACUAUGGAUUUGCGAGGCUUCGCUGGACACUGAUUCCAACCUUGGAAAUACAGAACCCUUCUGGAUGUUGUUUCCAGGAAACAGAUGGACAGAUCUGGAUGUGGCCCAUGCAUGACAUUUUUAUCCCGUCUUGGAGGUGAGAGGUGAAGUCGUUUGUGGAUUUGCCAGGAGAACUCUUCUAUGCAAAGACGCCAAGUCCAAAAGAACACAGCAACACUAGCCCGAUAAGGCUAUAAUCAGACCCGACCGAUGGACUCCAUCUGAGCUGACUAAAAGAAGUGUAUUAACCAUUGUGGACUUUAAAAGAAAACUGCCAAAAUGAUGACCAUGAUGAUGAUGAUGGCGGCCAUGAUGGUCACCUGCAGCUCUUUGUUUCUUUUGGGAUUGGCAGCCGCUCAUGCUUCCUCUUCCAGCACUGUAACUCGUUCGUCUUCCUCGUCCUCUUCUUCCUCGCCACGUAUGAAGCUCUCUUAUAAAGAUUUGCAGCAGUUUAAUGGAGUGAGACGGUUUGAGAUGGAACGGUCCUGCUGCUUCAGCGCUCUGCUGCUUGAUGAGGAGCGGGGCCGACUUUUCGUCGGGGCCAAGAAUUUCCUCCUCUCACUCUCACUGGAAAACAUCGGCAAACAGGAGCACAAGAUUCAUUGGCCUGCUCCUGUUGAGUGGAGAGAGGAAUGUAACUGGGCUGGCAAGGAUAUCACAUCUGACUGUGUAAAUUAUGUGAAGAUCAUCCACCACUUUAACCGUACCCACCUGUACGCCUGCGGAACUGGAGCCUUCCAUCCCACUUGUGCAUUGGUGGAGGUGGGGCACAGGAUGGAGGACCAUGUUUUCAAGAUCAACCCAUCUAACAUGGAAGACGGCAAAGGGAAGAGUCCAUAUGAUCCUCGCCAUGAUGCUGCAUCUGUACUCGUAGGUGAUGAGCUGUACGCAGGUGUAGCCACAGAUUUAAUGGGGCGGGACUUCACCAUCUUUAGAAGUCUGGGGAAACGCCCUUCCAUUCGCACAGAGCAGCACGACUCCCGUUGGCUCAAUGAGCCUAAAUUUGUCGGCUCCUUUUGGGUCCCAGAAAGUGAAAAUCCUGAUGAUGAUAAAGUAUUUUUCUUCUUCCGUGAGACUGCAGUGGAGGCUCAAGGAUUGGGAAAAUCCACAUACUCCCGCAUUGGACAACUAUGCAGGAAUGACAUGGGCGGUCAAAGAAGUUUGGUGAAUAAGUGGACGACAUUCCUCAAAACCCGCCUGAUCUGUUCGGUACCGGGAGCCGAUGGCAGUGACACCUACUUUGAUGAGCUGCGCGACGUAUUCCUGCUGCAAACGAAGGAUAGAAAGAAUCCACUGGUCUACACUGUCUUCUCCACUUCCAGCAGUGUAUUUAAAGGCUCAGCUGUGUGUCUUUACUCCAUGAAUGACAUCCGGAGGGCCUUUCUGGGGCCAUUUGCUCACAAAGAGGGGCCCAACUACCAGUGGGUCCCCUUCCAGGGAAAAGUGCCUUAUCCCCGCCCAGGAAUGUGUCCCAGUAAGACCUUUGGCAGCUUUGAGUCCACCAAGGGUUUUCCAGAUGACGUGAUUCAGUUUGCUCGACAUCACCCUCUGAUGUACAACCCAGUGUACCCCAUGACCAGACGGCCCGUUUUUGUCAGAACUAAUGUGGAAUACAGCUUCACCCAGAUCACCGUAGACAGGGUCAACGCUGCCGAUGGACAGUAUGAUGUGAUGUUUAUCGGCACAGAUAAAGGGACUGUACUGAAGGUCAUCAAUGUGCUAAAGGGGAGUUGGAACAACAUGGAAGAACUUCUUUUGGAAGAGUUGGAGGUCUUUAAAGAUGCAUCAUCUAUCAUCAACAUGCAAAUCUCCUCGAAACGGCAACAACUCUACGUGGGCUCCAACACAGGCAUUGCCCAGGUGCCCCUCCAUCGAUGCAGUGUGUAUGGGAAAGCAUGUGCUGAGUGCUGCCUGGCCCGGGACCCUUACUGUGCUUGGGACGGGACAUCCUGCACGCGAUAUCUCCCGAACACCAAGAGGCGAUUUCGUCGCCAGGAUGUGAGGAAUGGUGAUCCCAACACUCUUUGCUCAGGAGACCACCACAAGCACCACGUUGCUGAAAAGAAGCUGUACGGAGUGGAAGGAAGCAGCACUUUCUUGGAAUGCAUCCCCAAAUCGCUUCAGGCUCAGGUCACGUGGACCUUUCAAAAACAACGAGACAAGCCACGAGAAGAGGUGCGUCUGGACGAUCGUCUUCUGCAGACAGAACGAGGCCUCUUGAUUCGUCGCGUACUCAGAAAAGACACGGGUGUUUACCAAUGUCACGCCAUGGAACAUGGCUUCACCCAAACCCUGCUUGGCAUCACUUUAGACGUCAUCCAGCCCAGCUCCUCCAACCUGCCGUCUGCAAGCCCUUCCCAAAUGGAGCCCCGAAGCGGGGGAGGACCUCUAGUAGCCAACCCGAAGCUUUGGUAUCGGGACUUUAUGCAGCUGGUUGACCAUCCAAACUUGAGCACCGUGGACCAAAUUUGCGAACAAGUCUGGGCCCGCAGGAAUCCCGCCGGUGAUCUAACGGAGAAGAAGAUUCCCCCUCAGGGGAGGGACUCGACACCCCCUGGCCCCUCUGCCCGGCCCGCUAAUAAAAAGUGGAAGCAUCUUCAGGAAAUGAGGAAGGGGAGAAACCGCCGGACCCACGAAGCAAAGCAGAACCCUCGGGCGCCACGGAGCGCGGGGGAGUUACAGCAAUGAGAAAAAGAAGAGGGACUGGAAGAACUGAUUCAAGUCAAAUGUUAGAAAGGGACAUAAAGGACUUUCAGAGGUGUUUAUACAAACAGACACACACUUACUGUACAUACUGAUGCAGUCAGAGAAACGCAGCACCUCCUCUAUUGUGUAUAUUUAUCUGUGGAUUUCCUUGCAUGUGUUUUGUCCCACAUUUAUCCUGCACGAUCCCAUCACAAUGUGCCAUUAUUGUGUUGAGUGUACGAGCAGGUACGUAAACUACAACCAUUCGAUAGCUACUGUAUAAAUCAAUGUACACUUGUUUCUCAGUACCUUAAGUACCACAGCGACUGAGCCACAUUUUUGGCCUAUUACCUUGUGACAAGCGUCACAUUAUUGACAGUAUCUAGAUGAUAAUGUGAACUCUAUGCCGUCAAUGGAUCGGAGAAAAGCGGAAAACCUUUCUUCACCCCUGAAGACUUAACAAGUGGUGUAAAGAACGGUGGACAUGACAGCUUUGGAGAGGCAACUGGAAUAUGCUGUACUUUUACGACUGGAAAGGCACACAUGCAUGCAGAGAGUUGGACUACUUUGUGUGAUGAUUUUUUAAAUUUGUUUUUUACAAGACUCAGCAUCUCUUUUUGUUUCAACUCACUGCAUUAUGCCAUUAUUUCAAUGGAGUAGAACAUCAACAUGGGACAGUCUUUGGGUUUGCGGAGAACUUCUUUUUGGCACACGUCGCAGUCAGAAUGAAAUACUUCUAUCACGUGUCAAUUUUGUUUAAUGAUGUGAUACUAGAUGAAACCACUCCAAAGUGAGGAAUUGGGGGAGGGAGAAACUACCGUCUUUUUAACAAUGUUAGCAAAAAAAAAAAAAAAAAGAGUGUUUAUGCAAGACAGAAUUUGCGAAGGAAUACAAGGGCCAUGUCAUGUUCAUAGGUGUGAAUGGUAGCGUGAAUGUUUGUUUGUAUGUGAUUGGCUGUGACCAAUCCAGACCUGCCUCUUGCCAAAAGUCAUCUGGGAUAAACUCCAGCUCACCAGAGACCCAAAUGAGGACAAGUGCUAAAGGAAUUGGAUAGCUGAACUAAUUAUGUGGGGGGUGGGGUUAUAUUUUUGAAAUAGAAUACUCACAAUUAUAUAUAUUUUUUGUAAACGUGUAGGAAUAAUAUGAAGGGGAAAAAAAGAUUAACACGUUAUCAUUGUUAUAUGAGAAACAAUGUUAUAGGAGUACAGUUGUAAUAACCACAUUCAGUUCGGGGUCAGAGACAACUGGAGCCCAUGUCAGCUGAUUUCUGAUACAAGGCAGACUGCACCCAGACGUGGUCGUUGGUCAACAAGACAAACGUUCACAUGCACAUUCACGCCUUUAAGAACCCACAUUACCUAAACUGAAAUCAGGAGACGAACAAGCUACAUUUUCACUCAAAUUUGCUUUAUUAUGAGAAGAAAAAACAUCCAGUCAUGAUAUUAUUAGAGGACACAACACAAAACCAAAAGAACCAACGUCACUUUUAAUGAGUGUAGUUAAUAUUUCUUAAAAUAUGUACAGUUAUUGAUAGAGAUGCAAAGAAGUAUUUUAAGUGUCCAUCCUGUGGUGAUAAUGGUCUGCCUAAAAUGAAACAAAAAGAUACAUGAUGAUAUCCUUAAGAGUUCUCAUCUUAACAUUCCUAUGUUUGUAAUAUUAAGGCUUCAUUUUGGUAAUGUUUUCCCCGCUCGGUGUGGCCCUUCUACUCCUUCUUAAGCUUGAUUUGAUAUGCCACCUCUACAUAAGUAUUGGGACACACACUCAUUAGAAUUGCAGGAAGUGAAAAAUGAAAUAAACAACAACAUGGAGUUCGUGUUUGCAUAUCCAACAUCAGUUUGUAACAUCUACGACCCAGAAUCAACAAGAUGGGGUUGUUCUUUCACGUGAAACUACGCAAUCCAUGCAUGACUUUUUUGUACACUGGGGCAAAAUCGAGGGUCUUCUCCAAAUGCUUCCCUCUAAGUCAGAAGUGUACAAUUUUCAAAGAUGGGAACAAUUGGAAUGAAUAUACUGGGGAAUUAGUGGUGUGUCUCCAUAGGUUAUGUCUAAAUAUUAUAUAACUUAUUUCAUGGUUAGGACAUUGUUGAACCUCACUCUAAUUUGUUUUUGUUUUUCUGAAAUGGAAAAUGCUACCCAUUACGACAGCUCAUAGUUGUGGGCUAUAGUACAUUAUCUACAUUAACGUUAUCAUUAUUAUAUUUAUGAGUGUGACUAUGAUUUUAUUUUUAUUGCAAGCGGUACUUCAUGGCCUCGCUCUUUUUCAGAUGGUGUUGCAUAUGUUGUUUGUGAUGAAUAAAA